AUGCCUUCAUCACCACGUACUCCCCUCCAUAGUCGGCAACCUUCCGCACUCGAUUUCUCACCUUCAACCGUGAGCCAUUCUCGCAGACUUUCUAAAUCUUCCAUGCAUACACCGACUACACCAAAUCAUAUGAGUCGAGACUUUAGUAGUAGUGUCGACGGCGUCGGUAUGAGUAUGGGUAUGGAUGUUUUAGGAUCUUCGCAAAACGGAGGAAACGGUCUUGGGAAUCUCGCAGAUGAACUAGCAGAUGCAUGGAGUGAAGACGAAGAAGGCGAAGAAGAUAUGGAAGAAGGAGAUCUUAAUUUCCAAAACACGGUACCUUCGAGUUCGGAUAAUGAAGAGGAACAAGAAAACAACCAUGCAGUGAGGGAUAGUGGUGUGGAUGUAACGAGUCCAAAGAAACAAUCUGGAGUGCCGAAUUCGAAUCUCCUGAACUUGACGCCGCCAGUGGGGGGGCAUGGGAGAGUUCAUGCGUUGGGUCAUGCGAGGACGCCGAGUGAAUAUGAUGGAAGUGAUUAUGGGGGAGAGUCGGAUUUGGAGAGUCCGGCGUUUACACCAGCGUUGUUGGCGAGGAUGGAUAUGGUAGAGGGGUUGGCGAGGAGGGGGACGGAAUCUAAUGGGAGUCAGGCUGAUGGGGUUGUUCAGAGGGUUAUAGAGAGUUUGAGGGAUUUGGGGGGUCAGUCAGGAGUGGAGGGGAAUACUACUAGACUAGUAACUACACACACCGCCCUAUCAACUCACCUCCUCCACCAAACCCGACUCCUCCAAAAUCUCUCCCACCCCCUUUUCUCACCCCUCUCCGCACCCCCAACCACAGAAUUUAUCGAUAGCCUCCUCCCUCUCCUCGACCUCCUCAACGAAUCCAUCCCCCGACCUACUACCCAAUCCCUCGCCUCCAUUACCUCCCUACAUUCCCUAACCACAGACCUCAUACAUACAAUCACAUAUCUCUCAGAUACCCUACACAUGUCUAGACAAACUACCGUAACAGCAAGUCGAAAAUUGAAGUCAGCAAAGGAAUUAGUAGCCGAAAUGCGCAGGGACGAGGAACUCAGGGAAGAAGGGGAGAGGUGGGUAGAAAACGGGGAUUGGGAUAGGAGAUUGGGUGAACGGGAGUGUGCGGGGGUUUGUAGGGGUGUUGUAGGGGGAUUUGAAGAAGUUUGUGAGGAUUGGAGGAGGAGGUUAGUAGCGAGUGCGGGGGGUGAGGUGGGUGCUUGA